UCCAUAUUCUAAGUAGACUUACCUUUGAAUGACCGGGGUGUAUCAACUUAAACUCUAUAUUUAUUCUUUCCCUUCCACAAACUCAUAUUUUCCUUGCCAAUAAACACAAGAAAUAAUCAUCAUGAUUAAGGUUUGCCCAUUUAUUGGCUUGAAUGGGGAAAUAUGGGAUGAUGGGGAAGACAAAGUAGCCAAGAUUUUUGUAUCUCAUGGAGGAAGAGUGAAUUUCAUACAAUUUCUAUACAUCAAGAAUGGAUCUUUUGUCUUGUCAGAGAAACAUGGUGGUGAUGGGGGUAAAAGAUUUGAAACUAUUAAACUUGAUUAUCCCUCAGAGUUUCUAACUUGGAUACGUGGUUAUUAUGUGGAUUUUCUUCCUAGGGUUAUUCAACCUGCUAAUUAUGUGACGUCAAUGACAUUUGGUACAAAUAAAGGUACUUAUGGACCUUUUGGAAACCAUGAAAGCUCUGAUAUUGAGUUUGAUUUUCAGUUUGGAACAGAUGGAGCUUUUGGUGGAUUUCAUGGCACUACUCAUAUUCAUUACCUUGAAAGUAUUGGUGUUUAUAUCAAGCCAAUUACUUAG